GGGCGGCCCCGCCGUGAGGCUGCGCGGCCGCUGGUGCCCAUGGCGCUGCUGCCGCCGCCGCCGCUGGUGCUGCUGCUGCUGGUGGUGGCGGGGCCGCCGCCCGGCCGCGGCUUCUCGCUGCCCCUGCAGCGUCCCGCCGAGUGCGGCCGUGCCCGGUACUUCGACGUCUCUCGCCUGGCCUGCGGGCCCUGCGGGGCCAACCAGACACCGAGCGCCGGCGGUAGUUCAUGUGAAUGUCAGCCAGGAUACAGGAUGGUUUCUAAUAAUGGUGGGUCCUCUGUUGUUUGUGAGAAAUGCCCAGAAAAUAUGAGUGGAGUUACUCAAGAUGGAUGGAAUUGUAUUACUUGCCCUAUGGGCCUAACUUCGGAAGGAAAAUGUAAAUGCCUCAUUAAUGAAAUACUAGUGGAAAGAAGUGUUGAUGGUGUUUUGCUAAAUGAAGCUUUGUGCAUACGUUGUAAUGGAAGUGAGCCGUCAUUCUCCGCUUCAGAUGUGUUAGGAAAUAGGUGUGUAAGAUGUGAACAAACUUUCAUCAAUGUAAGCAAGUCUUGUGACUGUAGCAGCCCAAACAUUUUAACUGGGGGAUUAUGUUUCAGUGCUACUGAAAGCUUACCUCCAAAGGCAAUAGCAACCGUUCGGUUUGGACAAAUAGGUGUAACCUUGACAUCAGCCUGGUUUCUGAAAAACCUGCAGGCCUCAGCCUCUGCCUGUUGGUUGUACUCUAAUCUAACCGCAUGCCAAGCUCUUGGAAAUAUGUGUGUGAUGAAUAUGAACUCACUGAGUUCUUCAAGUACGGAUGCCUGCGGUUUAUUUCAGUAUAUUUAUGCCAAUACAGCAAGGCUAGGCAUCGUUCAUUCAAUAGCCUACUGGAGACACAAUCUUCCAUGGCUAUAUUACGGUGAUCAACCAGGUUUAGCAUCCCAAGUGCUUGAGACAAAUCAUUUCCCUGCAGUCUUCAGUUUUAAAGGAAAAAGUAGGGAUGUAAAACUGCAAUUUAUUGCAGCCUCAUAUGAUGCAGCAGGAAACUUUCUUCAGUGGCAAAGUUUGGAAGGAGGCAUCCUACAGCUUUGUCCUGAUACCCAGACUAAACUGAAUGCAGCUUAUACAUUUGGAACAACUUACGAACAAAGUUGCAAGAUUUCUGUUUCCAAGAUUUUACUGGAUUUUGCUAAUCCCAUCUUUUAUGACCUAUUCCUUGAAUAUAAUGGUGACAAUGGACAACAAUAUCUUUGGGCUGUGCCAGUUUUAAACUUGAAUCUUCAGUACAGGGAAAUGUAUGUGAAUCAAGGCAGCAAUAUGAACAACUGGCUUUUGACUCGUCGAUUUUUUUUGGUGGAUGCACUAAGUGGAAAAGAGAAUGACUUGGGAAAACUACCAAGAGUAGUUCGAAUUGCUAGCAAAAUAGCAAUAAGCAUUCGUUUGGUAUCCCAUACUCAGAGAGGAACUAUCUACCCACCUCUAAUUACUAUUGCUUACACAGAUGUGCUUGUCCAAAACCCUGACACCCAGAGUGUGAUGGUUUCCUUCUCGGUCAGUUAUGAGAUGAAUCAGUCGGAGGCUCAGAUUCAGACUGAUAUCACAUUGGGUGUGUUAGGUGGGCUCGCAGUGUUAUGGUCCCUUCUCAAGACUGCGGGCUGGAAGAGGCGUACAGGAAGCUCUGUAAUUGACUUGCAGACGGUUUUGAAGUUCUUACUAUUUUAUGCUGGAGACCUUGCCAACGUUUUCUUUAUCAUCACAGUGGGCACAGGAAUUUAUUGGCUUGUGUUCUUCAAAGCUCAGCAGUUUGUCUCUGUCCUCUUACCACUUCCUUCUCAAGAAAAAGCUUUUGUUACAUACAUAGCAUGUGCUUUCAGUCUGAAGGCUCUGCAAUUUUUACAAUUACUGGUUUCACAACUUACUAUAGAUAUUUUCUUUAUUGACUGGGAAAGACCUAAGGGCAAAGUUUUUAAAGCAGUUGAAGGUGAAGGUGUAGUAAAAAGUGCUGCUGCACCUGUGAGCAUAUGGAGAACAUACUUUAUAGCCAAUGAAUGGAACGAAAUUCAGACAGUGAGGAAGAUAAAUCCCCUCUUUCAAGUGCUUGCAGUUCUUUUUUUUCUGGAGGUGGUGGGAUUUUCAAACCUGGCUUUAAUGGAUUCUUCCUCCAGUCUUACAAGAAGCAGUGAUAGUUACAUAGCACCUUGGAGCCGCAUUUUAAGAUUUGGUGUGUCUGCUGCACUAUGGUUAGCCAUUGCCUUCCUCCAGAUUAUAUUUUUUGCUGUGUUUUAUGAAAGAUUUGUUGAAGACAAGUUAAAUCAAUUUGUGGAUUUGUGUUGUGUGAGCAAUAUUUCAGUGUUUCUCUUGUCACACAGCUGCUUUGGUUAUUACAUCCAUGGUCGCUCUGUGCAUGGACAUGCAGAUACCAAUAUGGAGGAAAUGAAUAUGAACCUAAAGAGAGAAGCAGAAAACCUGUGUAGUCAGAGAGGUUUGUUACCAAACACAGAUGGCCAGACAUUUCAGAUUUCCAUCUCAAGAAAAAUGAGACUGCAGUAUGACAGGAUUCAUGAAACCCUAACAAGAAGACGUGGUCCUGCUAGGUUUUUGGACUCAUCUGCAAAUACUUUCGAACAAAGCACAAGGGCCUACAAUGCCAUGAACAAAUUUCUCAGUUCUUUUAUUGAUCACGUUCAUAAGGAAAUGGAUUAUAUUGUUAAAGAUAAGUUGCUGCUUGAACGGAUUCUAGGCAUGGAGUUCAUGGAGCCAAUAGAGAAAAGUAUUUUUUACAACGACGAAGGACACUCUUUCGACGAUGUUCUCUAUUACGGCAAUGAGACAACACUCCUCAUCUUUGAUAUCCUGUUUUUCUCCAUUGUGGAUCUGGCUUCCCAAAGUUUUGUUUUAGCAGCUAUUCUAACAUACUUACAACAGGAGAUAUUCAGGUUUAUUCGUAAUACAGUUGGGCAGAAGAAUUUGACAUCCAAAACCUUGGUGGAUGAACGAUUUCUCAUUUAGUUAAGAAGACUACAGACUUUGGUGAGGAGUUAAUCAUGGAAGUUGUGUCCAGGAUCAAAGCAUCUCUUCUGACCUACAGAUUAAUUAUGGUGUACUUUUAAAUCAUAAUGUAACAGUUUUGCAAUUUAUCAUUUUUUAUAUUGUCUGGUAUUAAGUUUUAUUUUUGUAUAUUUACAAAUGUUUUUACGUUGUGAACACUAAGCCAUAGGCUUUUAAAAGGAAAGAUAAAUGAAAAAAAGAAGUAAACCUAAUGUUGUUUUUAUUAGAAGAAGGUAAAGAUUAUUUAAUGGCUUUUGAUAAGAUAUGGACCACUAAUUUUGAGGCAAUAAUUUGAGCAUUCUGUGUGGCAGGAUUGGCUGUCAACUCUUAAGUUUUCUGAAAAUACCUUAAAUCUUUUUUUCUUCUUUUUUACAUUUUUUAUUGUUGUUAAUUUAUUUUGAGGUAUAAUAUUUAGUAAACAUACUUUGGUUUUAUUCAGCACAGAAUUUGUUCUGAGUUGAAUUAAUAUUUCAAGAGGACUAUCUAAAAAUCACUUCUUUGUAGUGAUUCCAACUUGAAAUUUUAACUUUUCUUCAUUGUGUCAUAGUAGUGUAUACUUUUGUCUCUUUUCUUUGAGUUUAUCAUUCUUUUCUUGGGUGUAGACUAUACAUGACAAAGUUUCCUUAUGUCUGAAAUACAGGCAUCACUACAGCGAUGCAGAAAAACAGGCUAAUCAUAAUUGCAUGGAGGAGAUGUUUAUAGGUAUUUUGGGUUUGAUCCUGAUCUCUCAUCUGAUGUGAGCUGCUCAAGGAAAUAAUAAUAGUACUAAUUCUGUGCUGUUUCCACACAAGUGAAACACAAGCAACUAUUCAUAUCUUCUUAAAGUGUUCUUCACAGGUGCCUAUAUAUGCUCAUAUACUUCAGGCUCUCUAAUUUUCUGGCUUUGUUAUCUUUGGACUUAACACAACAACCAUUAUCAUUUUAGCUUCAUCAUAUUUUUGAAAUUCAGACAAGUUAAUACUUAUUCAAGUGCCAUUUAUUAAGUGUUAAGGGAGAUUACGAAUGGCCUUUGAAACACCUUAAAGUGAGGUGUCUACCUCCCAUUUGUAUCUUUGAAAAGUCUCCCUGCUUUUUUUAAAUAAUAUUUUUCAUUAAAUGAUUAAACAUGAAUAUUGUUUGCUGUUUUUGUAACUGUCGCUUGUCUUUAGAUCAUUCAACAAGGGACUCUCACAAGCAAAAACACCAUAAAGGAGUAAGUUGAGGCUAGCAUCCUUAUUCAAAACAGAUUCAGGACAUGGUUAGUUGCACCUACCAGAUUUUAAAUGUAGACAUCCUUAUCAGAGUUGAAGCAGCAUUGUUUUUCAGGUGUUUCUUGGUUUCACGAAGAGCAAGGUGUUGUUAAUGUUGAUACCAUAUCAUAUUGUAAUUUUAAACUUACGUCCAGGAAUAUGGACAUAAAUCUCAGGGUCACUUGUUCUAAUGCAUUUGCUUUCGGUGAUGCAAAAAUAGUGUAGCUUUCUUGUCCAAUGUAGUUGCUAUUAACUGAUAGAAUGUGUAUUUGCCAAUAAGGCUGUAAGGUAGAUAACUGAAAGGUUGAUUUUUCAGCAAGACAUCCAUUUAUUAAUAUACAGCUUAGCAUAAGUAUUUCCAUACCACGCUUUCUUUAUUUUUGUCUACUACUGUGCACAAUUCUUAGUUUGUUGGUGCACUCUAUGCCACAAAAAAAGGUGUGAAUAUGUAAUUUGCAGCAGCGAAAUGUCCACUGAAUAAAAUCAAGGUUAAUGCCUUUAUAGGCAGUGUAGUAAGUAGAAGUGUCCUUUAGGUUCUGGAUCUGUUAAAACAGCCAAAAACCCUAUUUCCGCUGAGGACCAUGACGUAUGAGUUCACUAGUUGUGAGGUUUCUAUCAUAUUGCCUGUCAGUGAUCUACUGAGUGCCAAACCUUUAAACUAAGCUAAGGAGCCAUCUGAAAAAUAGGCAAUAGGACAUUUGCAAGGCAAAGUUAGGCUCCUAUGUUCCCCUGCAUUUCUCUGGGCAAUAUCUUUGCAUAGCUUAACUACAUGUAACUACACUUUCCAGGUCUUGCAGCUCUACUGAAGUGUUGACGUACAAGAGGACUGAUGUGACUGAGAGUAUAGAGAGUUGCUUUGGUCCAUAGCUGAGAAAGUACAUGACGAAUGACCCUAAUACAGGGCUUUUCUUCCUUUCACUUUCCAGCAGUAGAACUGAGCAUCAUCGUUAAUGAUAAUGGAAGCUUUUUCUCUGUGUAGAUUCUGAUUAUGGGUUGAUAGUCCAGAAGUUAGUUAUGUCAGGGAGUAGAGCCAUGCUUCAAACAUAACUCCUCUAGAGUGUCCUGGUUUGUGACUGACUUCAGUCAGAAUAAGUAAAAGGUAGUAAUCAGACCCUGCUAAACCAGGAAAUGUCUGCAAGCAUAAUGUAGAUGUGAUUGAGCCAUCUGUAGACACAGCCAUGUAGUAUUAAUUUAGUCAGUCUGGUAACAGCAGAAAUGGAGACCUGGCAGCAUGUGGGCUCUCACUCUCUACCUUAUUCUCAAUGCUUUUGCUAAGCAGGUACAUCUUUCCAUGCAAAAAUUAUGCUUUGAGUUUGCUUUACAUAUGCCUUUGAUUAACUGCUGUUCAGAAGGGCAUGUGAAAGCUUUUAAUGGCCUUGUGGUUUGAAAGAACUACUGGUAAAGGGAACUCCUGUUGCAGAUAAAUGAUAAAUUAACCUAAAAUUGUCGUGUCAAAACAGUUGAGUCACUUGCUCCCCUAUUUCUCUUCAGUGCACACACUACUCUGUUGUGUUUUAGUUUUCCAGGCCAUUUAUCUAAAAUGUUAAUAUAGCUAACGUUGUUGCUAUACAUGAUUUAGAAAAUAAUUACAGGAGUCAAAAGCUCCAGGAAUUCAUAGAAACUUUUCUUCAUUCUUGCUCUCUAGUGAAUGCUUGAAGUGGGUUGACUGUGCUAUGUUCUCCUAUUGGUUGGUAUUUGUUCAAGAAAUAGCUCUUGUGAUUGUAUUUCCAAUUUAAUGUGUUCUUUUUUUCAUUUUUUUAAAUUAGUCAGCAGCUGCAAUGUGUCAUUCAUGUGCUGAAUGUCUUUUAACUUUAUAAAUGUUUUAAUCACACAGCAUAUCAAACUUUUAUAUCUGUCCCUCUGAGCAAUAAAAUUUUCAAGGAUUGG